CCUGUCGUUGGGGAAGUGGGCGAGCGCGUCGCACGCGUCUCACUUCGGUAAGUUGUAGGCUGGAGUGCAGCUCGCGGCUCGCAGGUCGCCGGAGACGGGGUCGGGUAGUCCGAGGCGAUGGUGUUGCACGCGCACGAUCUGACCCAUUCCCUGGAGUUAGCGGUCAGUUCGGCAGAAAACGCACCGACAGAGACCCAUGUGUGUCCGGCCUGAACAUGUCGCACAGGCACUCGGGACACCAGUUCCUCCAUGAUGUACCCUCGAAAGUCAUGCUGGAAUUUAACCGAGUCAUGGACAGCCUUUCGGACUCGGAGUGGGAGCGAUUCGCCUCCCAUGUGCUGACUGACCAGACGGACCUCCGGCUCGCCCUGCGGAGUAAGAGCCGCACAGACGUUGUGAUAAACCGUUGGAGCAUGCUGAACGGCACAGUCAAGGACCUGCUGAGACUUCUGGAGGAAUUGCAACUGUACAGAGCGCGAGACAUUUUUAAGGACUGGCACUCGUGCAGUGGAAGUUUUGGUACAGGCAAACAUGCCUCUCCUACUCCAGGUCCUUCACAGGCACCUGUAACACUUCCUCUUCCUGACCCAGUGAUCAAUGACAGUCUUCCCAAGCCUGACCCUCCACCACCGCACUUGGACUCAGAAGGACCCUCUGUUUCACAGCCCCGUGAGUUGCUUCUUGUUCCGAGUGCCAUGCGCUGGUCAAUAGAGGAGGUGCAGCAGGGUACAGACAACUUCUCAGCAGCACGACGGAUUGGUGAGGGAGGUUUUGGACAGGUGUAUUUGGCAAAUAUGAGAAACACGGACUAUGCUGUUAAGAGGCUGAAAGAGCAAGACUCUCGGCUAAACUGGACACUUGUGAAAGAAACCUUCAGGACGGAGGUGGAGAAACUGUCACAAUACAGACACCCUAAUAUUGUGGACUUUGCGGGAUACUGUUUUGGAGGAGGGGCAUAUUGCCUGCUGUACGGGUUCAUGCCCAAUGGCUCGUUGGAGGGCCAGCUCCAUUGCAAGAGUGGUGCUGCCCUCUCUUGGCCACAGCGUGUCAGUGUGUUGCUGGGGACAGCAAAAGCUCUCCAGUUUCUGCACCAGAGCAGUCCUCAGCUCAUCCAUGGGGAUGUGAAGAGCUCCAACAUCCUCCUGGGAGAGCAUCUGGAACCAAAACUGGGGGACUUUGGACUGGCUCGGUUUUAUCAGAGCAGCCACAGGAAGUCUGGUAAAUCCACCACUGUGGCUCAAACAAAGACCUUGCGCGGGACAUUGGCCUACCUGCCUGAUGAGUAUGUCAAAGGUGGAGAGCUGGGACUGUGGAUCGACACCUAUAGCUUUGGUGUGGUGUUGCUGGAAGUGCUGACUGGUCGCAAGGCCAUGGAAACAGACAACCAGGACAGGACUUUGUAUUUGAAAGAUCUGGCUACAGAAUGUGAGAGUAAGAAGGAAGCUGCAGCACACAUCUGGAAGAAACACCUGGAUCCCAGUAUUCUCCCUGCAGCUAAGCCGGGUCCUCCAGGGUCCCUGGAGAUCUCAUCACUUGCCUGUCGCUGCCUGGACUCUAGGAGGAAACGACCACCUAUGGUAGAGGUGUUCAAAACCCUUAAAGAAAUUAGUGAAACACUAGAUACUUCCAGUAAAUGUUCUCCUGAAGUGUGUGUGGAAGUGGAAUCUCUUCCACUAUAUCAGUCCCCUCCUCCUGUGCCUCCAUCCCUUUCUCUUGACCAAUCAUUGGCAUCUCUCACCCAUCAAGUCCUGAAAACAGGACCCCAAGAGGAUACUUAUGACUGUCCCCCCAACACCCACUCUCAGUUGGCUCCGUUAGAAAUGGUCAGCUCACCAGCACAGUCUUUGAAGAAAGCAGGUGGAGCGUGGGAACUGCGCCCACCCUCCUUCCAGACUCCCUGUGAAUCAGAUGAAAGUCAGGGCUACUCUCAGUACUUCGCUUCUGGGCAGUCGUCCCUUGACCACAAGUGCGGGGUCCAGAGCGGGGCAGGCCAGUCCUCCUCUCUCUGUGAAGGUUGUCAGCUGGAGGGCGCUACACACGCUGCUUCAGCACAAUCUGCUUCUCUGACAGACCUCCCCAGUAAAAGGAUAGUAAUAAAUAGUGUGAAACAACGUUUUGUCCAGAAGAUGGAGCUGUACAAGGAAGGCAGGAUCCCCAUCUCUAACCUGUUUUCCUCCGACAGCCUUUCUGAUGAUGGUGUGGACAGUAAAAGCCAAGAACCAGUGGAAAGUGAUGAGUUUGAAACCGCACCUGCAGAAGCUAGUCAGACUUCCACACAAACAUCUUUUUAAAGAAACAAUAACCGUCAAACUUGCCAAGUCAACAAUUCACUGCAUUACUCUUAGGUGAAAAUGUUAUUUUUUUUCCCCCCAUAUGUAUAUUGAUACAGAAUAAUUUUUGUUUGCAUAUGUAAAUAGUUGUUUACCAUAGUAAAAUACUCUAGGUCCUGCAUUUAUUUCUCAUUGUUUACAUAUUUUUGAUAGUUUGAUAUUUUAAAAGUAAUUAUUACAUGAGGAAUCAGGUACCAUAUUGUAAAAGUUUUAAUAUGCACAAUAACCUGAACUACUUUGUACAGUACUUAGUUUUAAAGUAUUUUGUAACUUUUUAAACCAUAUUUUCUAUUUUGUGGUACUUUUUUAAACAGUUUGUGUAUGCAAGGUUUGUGUUUAUGAAUCGCAAACACCCUUUGACCAAAGUUCUCAUAAUAGUUUUGUUUAUAUGGUGGAGCAUUUGUUGCCAUAUUUUCUUUGUUUCGCUGAAUGUAAUGCAUAUGAUUUUCUGUCCCUGUGUGUUUAAUUCUCUGCCUGCCUUAUGUUAGUUUAAUCACUAUUGUCUACUGUAAUUUAAGUAAAAAUUAUAUGAAUGUAUUGGUUGUCAUCCUAUGAAGAGAGAAGAAUUCAAGGAAAGCUGGUCAUUUUGUGUAAGAAAUUGUGGAGUCUUUAAAAAGCUGCUGUCUCAACAGCAUGCCCUUGAAUGUUUUAAAUGCCGGAUGCUUGAUUAAUUCCAUUGAUUCAUACUGGUGUGUCGGUGCAUGCGUAGUCUUUAUUUAAACAGUACAAUCAUAAGUUUUCUUCCUGGAUUUUGAUUCCCCAGUCUGUCAGGACUUAUUUUGAUGACUUGCACAUCUCAAAGCAGAACGAUUACAUGUUGAAUUUACUGAAUUUGUUUAACAUUAAAUAAAACACACAGGAUACUCAAAGUUUUAAGUUUAUUUCAGGCACACGGUUACCUAUUGUUUUUUGUGUACUGUUAAUUUAUUUUGAUUAUAUGAUGGUGUUUUCAAUUUCAAGUAAUUCUUUUAAUGUUUAUCAGUAUUUAAUCUUGGUUUUGUAUUACUUGGUUUUUCAAUAUAUUUUAAAGAUUUUCUUUGUCAUGUAUGCAGCUGAAAUACACCAAAUUUAAAUCUUUUUAAUCAUGUUUUCAAUGAUUAGUAAAUUUUGAUCCAUCAACAUAAUGUCAUUUCGUUUUCUUGUUGAGUUUCUCUAUGUUAAACAAUACUGAAAGUUCCGAGAAGUUUCUGGAAAUCUGACAUUAUCCUCAUUCAAGUUUGGAGCUGAAGACUUAUGAAAACGUGGUUUUGGUCAAUUUAUUUCGGGUUCUGUUUGUAGUCGGUAGUUUUGUCAAUAAAAUAAACAA